AUGAACUUUCUGGUACCACGUGAUCAAAUUCAGCUUCUAACGGUCCAUGCCUCUCUGUCGCCAGCGCUGCCGCAGAAGGGCCCGGAGAUCACGGGCCUGGAGCGGCCCGAGUACCAGAUGGGCGACACCCUCAGCGUCAACUGCACCUCGGACCGCAGCUACCCGGCGGCCAAGCUGCGCUGGUACAUCAACGACCGGCCGGUGGACCCGAGCCACGAGGCGCAGCUCUCGGCGCACGGCCUGGUGCGCUCGCAGGCGCGCCUCGUCGUCCGGGUGGGGCCGCAGCACUUCAAGGACGGCAGCAUGGCGCUGCGCUGCGUGGCCACCAUCCGGCCGCCCAACCAGCAGCAGCUGCAGCAGCAGCAGCAUCAGCACGACCAGCACGAGCAGCACGAGCACCAGCGCGAGCAGCAGCAGCAGCGGCAGCCGCUGAGCGCCGCCACCGGCAGCCACUCGCAGCAGCGGGCCGAGCACGCGCCACUCUCCUCCAAGCACGGCCACCACCAGCCGCUGCCCAGGAUAGCCAUGGAGAUCGACAACCGCGAGGCCAAGCUGUUCGAUCAAGAAAUUCAACAAAAUUUCAAGCGUAAUUCCUCAAAAUUCACGUUGGUGGCCCCCUCGAGAAAGACGGCCGCCCCAGAACAGGACACUCAUUUUGUAAUGAAAUAA